AUGGGUAUCAAGGGUCUGCCGGAGGUGCUGCGGCCGUGGCUGAAGUCGGUGCAGGUCGGCAAAUACGCCGGCAAACGCGCGGCCGUCGACGCGUACAGCUGGUUGCAUAAGGGUGCGUACAGCUGCGCCCUCGAGCUCGGCACCAACAACCGGUGGUGGAUUCGGCAGAGGCGCGAUGCCCCGUACGUGCGCUACUGCAUCCACAGGGCGCAGAUGCUGCGGCACUACGGGAUCACACCGGUUAUCGUCUUCGACGGUGACCGGCUGCCGGCCAAGGGGGGCGAGGAGAAGGAACGCCGCGAGCGACGCGCCGAGUGCAUGCGCAAGGGCCACGAGAGGCUCGCCGCCCGAGAUCGCGACGGGGCGACGUUCAUGUUUGCGCAGGGGCUCGACAUCACUCCCGCCAUGGCGCACGAGCUCAUCGCCGCCCUGAAGCGCGAGGGUUUCGAGUUCAUCGUCGCCCCGUAUGAGGCGGACGCGCAGAUCGCCGCGCUCGCCCAGCUCGGCGCCAAGGGCGACCCAGGCGGGGUGGACAUCGUCUUCACCGAAGACUCCGACCUCGUGGCUUACGGGUGCCCCUUGGUUCUGUUCAAGCUUGACAAGUCCAAAGCCGGCGGCGGCGCCAAGGGUCCGCUGAACUUUAUCGGUUGGAAGCACGAGCAGUUCCUCGAACUCUGCGUCCUCUCCGGCUGCGACUUCCUCCCCAACAUCCGCGGCAUCGGCAUCAAAAAGGCGCACGCCCUCGUCGCCAAGCACCGGUCCGUCGCCGCCGUCCUCGCCGUGCUCCACGGCGACAAGAAGAUCCACGUGCCGCCCGGGUACGACGACGACUUUAGGCGCGCCUUCUGGACGUUCAGGCACGCGCGCGUGUACGACCCCGCGCUGCGCCGGUUGCGGCCACUGAACCCCAUGCCGGAGGAGCUGGAA